GAAAAGCAUCUUCUCCUCCCAUCACCUAUAAACUUGACAUUUUCGAGGAAAAUUAAUUAAAUUUUCUCUAACAUUUUCCUCCACUAUAAGCUUGAACUUUUCUAUCGAUCUGGUGCAAGUUAAAGAACCAAAUGGCUUGCUUAAACAUUGAAAAAAUGUGUGAGAAGGAAAAAGAGGAAUAUACGUUUGAUGGAAGUGUGGAUAAGCAUGGUGAACCUGCAGUGCGUGCUAAGACUGGAAGGUGGUUUGCUGGUGUUCUCUUACUAGUGAAUCAAGGUCUAGCUACACUAGCAUUCUUUGGAGUUGGAGUGAAUUUAGUACUAUUUUUAACUAGAGUUAUGGGUGAAGACAAUGCUGAAGCAGCCAAUAGUGUGAGCAAAUGGACAGGCACAGUUUAUAUCUUUUCCCUAUUGGGAGCUUUCUUAAGUGAUUCCUACUGGGGAAGAUACAAGACUUGCGCUAUUUUCCAAGCCAUUUACGUAGCUGGAUUGGUUUCACUUUCAUUGACUUCAUACAUUUUCUUAAUCAAGCCAAAUGACUGUGGAGAUGAGGACAGCCCUUGUGGGUCCCACUCAACUAUGAGCGUCGCCCUCUUCUAUCUAUCGAUUUACUUAAUAGCCCUUGGAAAUGGAGGGUAUCAACCAACUAUUGCAACAUUUGGAGCAGAUCAAUUUGAUGAAGAUCACCCUCAAGAAAGUCAUUCGAAAGUGGCUUUCUUUAGCUACUUUUACCUUGCAUUAAAUCUUGGAUCUUUGUUCUCAAAUACAAUCUUAGGAUAUUUUGAAGAUGAAGGAAUGUGGACAAUAGGCUUCUGGGCAUCAGCUGGCUCUGCCAUUUUGGCACUUGUCUUGUUUCUUAUUGGAACACCUAGAUAUAGACAUUUCAAACCUACAGGCAACCCUCUAUCAAGAUUUUGUCAAGUGGUUGUAGCUGCAACUAAAAAAUGGAAUGUUGAACAACCUUCAAGGGGAGAUGAACUAUAUGAAGGUGAUGAACAAGACCUUCCUCUCAAUGGAAAUAGAAGAAUUCUUCACACACAAGGAUUCAAAUUCUUGGAUAGAGCAGCUAUAAUCACAUCAAAGGAUGGAGGAGGAAACAACCCAUGGCGCCUUUGUGCAGUGUCUCAAGUAGAAGAAGUGAAAUGCAUAUUAAGACUACUUCCAAUUUGGCUUUGCACAAUACUUUAUUCAGUUGUGUUUACUCAAAUGGCGUCUUUAUUUGUGGAGCAAGGGGCUGCAAUGAAAACAGCACUUUCAGGAUUCCAUAUUCCUCCAGCAAGCAUGUCUUGUUUCGACAUCCUUGGUGUUGCAUCAUUCAUUUUCAUCUACAGACGACUUCUUGAUCCCCUUGUUGCGAGAUUAAAAAAAUCAUCUCCAAGAGGAUUGACAGAGCUUCAAAGGAUGGGAGUUGGACUCGUAAUUGCUAUUAUGGCAAUGGUAGCUGCAGGAAUAGUUGAGCACUUCAGGUUAAAAUCGGCAGAAAAAGAUUGUUCACAUGACUGCUCGAAUUCAAGUUCUUUAAGCAUUUUCUGGCAAGUACCUCAAUAUGUACUAAUAGGAGCAUCGGAGGUCUUUAUGUAUGUUGGACAAUUGGAGUUCUUUAAUGGACAAGCACCUGAUGGAUUGAAAAGCUUUGGGAGUGCAUUGUGUAUGACAUCAAUUUCACUAGGAAACUAUGUGAGCAGCUUGUUGGUUUCUGUUGUCAUGAAAAUUUCAACAACUGAUAAUAUGCCUGGAUGGAUACCUGGAAAUCUCAACAAGGGUCAUUUAGACAGAUUCUAUUUCUUAUUAGCAGCUUUGACAUCAGCUGAUUUUUUGGUCUAUCUUAUUUGUGCAAAGUGGUAUAAGUACAUUAAAUUUGAAGAAAGAAGCGUUGAAAAGAAAAAUGGAGAGAAGCAGAGUGAUUUCAGAGUGUAGACUAAACAAAUUUCAUGUUAUUUUCUUAUGUUUCCAA